AUCCAUGGUUUGGGGGCGGGGUUUGGGGCCUGCGUCCUGCCCUGAUCUUGGGCCUCGGUCAGGAGGAGGAAUGUGUCCGAGGGGAAAUGGCGGUGUCUUCCACUAGUCGGUUGCUCAAUGGCGGUGCUCGGAUGCCGCUUCUAGGCCUCGGCACUUGGAAGUCAGAGCCUGGAGUUGUGGGUAAGGCUGUUUCAGUCGCAAUUGAUUCUGGAUACCGGCAUAUUGAUGGAGCUUACUCCUACAUGAAUGAAGCAGAGGUAGGAGCUGCUGUGAAAAAGAAGAUUGCUGAAGGAGUGGUUACAAGAGAAAAUCUCUUCAUAGUCAGUAAACUGUGGUGUACAUUCCAUGCUCUGGAGGAUGUUAAACCAAGUCUGAUGAAAAGUUUAUCUGCCUUGCAGCUUACUUACCUAGACCUGUACCUCAUCCACUUCCCUGUGGGAUUCCAGAAAGUGCCGGGUGAACUGUUUCCAGUGCAAGAAGGCAAGGUGCUAGUGACUGAUAUUGACUACGUGGACACAUGGAGGGCUAUGGAAGGUUUGGUGGAUGAAGGGCUGGUGAAAUCGAUUGGUGUUUCCAAUUUUAAUAUUUCCCAGUUGAAAAGACUCCUGUCAAUAGCUCGUAUAACUCCGGCAGUAAACCAGGUGGAGCUUCAUCCAUAUCUGACUCAGCCUGAACUGGUGGAGUUCUGUGCAUCCAAAGAUAUUGCAUUGACAGCAUUUAGUCCUCUCGGAUCUCCAGGUCGUGCUCUAUUGAAUGAUUCUGCAGAUCCAAAGGACCUUCUCAAAGAUCCAGUGGUAAAAACAAUAGCAGAGAAACACAAGAAGAGCCCAGCCCAGGUCUUGUUGCGGUUUCAUGUCCAGAGAAACAUAGCAACUAUUCCGAAGAGUGUGACACCUGCAAGAAUCCAGGAGAAUGCUGAGAUUUUUGACUUUGAGCUGAUGGAUGAGGACCUUCAGUCACUGCUUGCAUUAAACAGGAAUUGGAGAGUUUGUCAGUUAACUCUGUUACAGGAUCACCAGUUUUAUCCGUUUAAAGAUCCCUGAUUGGUCCGGUUGCAGGAGCCGAGCUUCCGCAGAUACCACCUUUUGUACAAAUUCAGAAUCAUUCAUGAUACAAGAGGAGGACAUUCAGCUUAUCCAGUGCAAGCCAUCUCUCUACAGAACAGUCCAAUCAGUCCAUUCGCCACACAAUCCCUAUGGACCUGCAAGUUUAUUUUCUUCAAAAGCCCAUCCAAUUUUCGGUUAAAAUCAUUGUUUCUGCUUUCAGCACACAUUAGGCAGUCAAUUCUAGGUCAGUACCAUUCAGUGCAAAAAAAAACGGUUGUCCUCACAUUCCCCUUGCAUCCCUUUCCAGAAACCCUAAAUCCAAGUCCCCUAGUUAUUGUACAAUCAGGUAAUUGUCUAUCUAUCUAAACCUGUCACUAUCUUGUAUACCUCUACCAAACUUUCCCUCUACUUGAUCUUAUCGUUAAAAUCCCUCCUCUUCACACUUGUUCUGAUGAAGGGUCACUGGACUCGAAACAUAAACUUUGUUUUUGCUCCACAGAUGCUGAUAGAUCUAGAGUCAUAGAGUCCUACAGCAUGGAAGCAGACCCUUCAGUCCAACCACUCCAUGCUGAACAUAAUCUCACACUAAACUAGUCCUAUCUGUCUGCUCCUGGCCAAUAUCCCUUGAAACAUUUCCUAUUCAUAUACCUAUGCAAAUGUCACUUAAAUGUUGGAAUUGUACCCACAUCCACCACUUUAGGAAGUUCAUUCCACACACAAACCACCCUCUGCAUAAAAAAUUUGCCCCUCAUGUCUUUUUUAAAUCUCCCUUCUCUCACCUUAAAAAUGUGCCCCUUAGUGUUGAAAUCCCCCAGCCUAGGGAAAAGACAACUGCCAUUAACUCUAUCUAUACUUCUCAUUAUUUUUAAACUUCAAUGAGGUCGCCUCUCAACCUCCUACGCUCUAGUGAAAGAAGUCCCAGCCUAUCUACAACCUAUUUACAACCUCUGAUCUGUACAUCCUUGCUUACUAUGAUCUUCCUGUACUGCUCGAAAACAAAGCUUUUCUCCAGCAAUCUCUGUUAUUUGUUUCAGAUAUCAGCAUCCACAUUUUUUUGUUUUAUCUUAUUGUGAUGGAGGAUCUAUUCAAUGUGAAGCCAGGACGUUGUCUUCACAGGUGCUGUGUGGUGGUCAUCAUGCAGACACUUACCAGAAGUCUAAAGAUAAUAUUGGCAGAUAUCAUUCGAUCUUCUUGUCUCAGACAAAAGUAAUUUCACUUUGGAUUUAAAUAGAAUUUUCAAAACAUAAGUGUCUUACAAAGGUCAGCACUCAAGAUACCAUUAUUGCGACUAGCUUCGAAUUGCAGAUGUAUAAAUUACUGGAAUUAAAAUCCACCAGAAUGAGGUGAAGGAUAAUGUUAUAUUCAUUCACGGGAUAAGGGCAUUGCCGGCUAGGACAAGUGGGCAGUUAAGAGUCAUUUUCUGUGCAACUUAACUGAUGACACAUUAGGUCAUCCGUCCAUUGUAACACACAUAACAUAAACAUGUAUAGGAAGCUUUUUAUGGGACCAAGAGUGUGCUGGUUGAUCAAAUAUUCAGGAUAAUCAAGAGGUCAACAUUAUUAAUGUAAAACCACACACUAAGUCAUAGAAACGUCAUGCAGGGGGUAUACAGAUCAUUGUUUUACUUUACUUACAGCGUAAUUCACUUAAAUAAUAAAUGCAACUUUGCUUAAAAUAAAACUUAGCGACAGAGA